AUGGAAGCACUGAGUGGUGGCAAUGGAGGGUUGUGGAGGUGGAAAUGGGAACAUAAAAGAAGGAUACAACAAAGGAAAGCAUCGAAAUCCUCUGAUUCAGCAACCGGAGGAGGAGGCGGUCACCGGUUCCCUUUAAAGCAAGCUGUGACCGCAGGUUCGCUUGCUCUUACUGGUGACACCAUCGCACAAGUUACUGACCGCUGGAGAAAGAACAAGCCAUCCAAACGACAUUCCUUUGACCACGAAGCUUCUCAAAACUCCAACGGCAAUUCGGAUUUUAAUGGGAUUCUCCUUUCCGACCAUGAUUGGCUCCGUGCCUUGCGAAUGACUUCUUAUGGGUUUCUAUUGUAUGGCCCUGGUUCUUAUGCAUGGUACCGAUAUCUUGACCACUGUUUGCCAAAGCAGACAGUGAAGAAUCUGAUGCUAAAGGUUUUAUUGAACCAAAUAGUGCUUGGUCCAUCUGUGAUUGCUGUUGUCUUUGCAUGGAACAAUAUAUGGCAAGGGAAGCUUUCACAGCUUCCAGGAAAGUAUCAAAGAGAUGCUCUUCCCACACUGCUUUAUGGAUUUAGGUUCUGGGUCCCCAUCAGUUUAUUGAAUUUUUGGGUUGUCCCCCUUCAAGCUCGUGUAGCUUUUAUGUCCAUGGGGUCUAUAUUUUGGAACUUCUGCUUGUCGUCAACAAUGAACAAGUAG